UCUUUUUCAAUUCUUUUAUCUGAUACCCCCCUACCUGACUAGUAAAAUGCACUUUGAAAAGCGUUAUACGUCUUUGGAAAACCUCUGCCAGACAGAGGGAUCCCUGCAGAUCAAUAUGCAUAAUUGCAUUGAGCAACUCGUGUCAACUUGUUAUGACAGAUCAAAAUGUCAGGUGUUUUCAAAAGAGAUGCAAAAUUUUGAACAUCUUUUUAAAAAAUACCUAUCAUAUCACAGGCAGGUUAUCGAUUGGGCAUCUUUGAACCCUCCAGACAAUAAGUUUAUCAUCCCUUUGCAUGAACUUCCACAAGUAGUGGACUACAAAGAAAUCGCUAACGAGUUAUGCAUAUUGAAACUUAAUGGUGGUUUGGGAACUACGAUGGGAUGUGUAGGGCCCAAAUCGGCGAUUGAAGUCCGAGACACCUAUACGUUUUUGGAUUUAAAUGUAAAGCAAAUUGAAUAUUUGAAUGCUAGAUACAACAGCGAUGUCCCUUUGAUCUUGAUGAAUUCUUUUAAUACUCAUGAUGAGACGAUUUCUAUUUUGAACAAGUACAAGAAAUCUUCUGCCAAUAUUUUGACGUUUAACCAGUCACGAUAUCCUAGGAUAUAUAAAGAUUCCUUGACGCCCAUGCCACAGUCUUAUGACGCUCCUGCGAGUGAAUGGUACCCACCUGGACAUGGCGAUGUAUUUCAUUCUUUAUAUGAUUCCGGUCUUUUACAAGUGUUGUUAGACAAGGGUAAGAAGUACCUGUUUAUUUCGAACAUCGAUAAUUUAGCAGCAACAGUUAAUUUCAACAUUUGCCAUCAUAUGAAAGAGAGCGGCUCUGAAUUUUUGAUGGAGGUUACGGACAGGACUCGAGCAGAUAUCAAAGGGGGAACUCUAGUUGAAUACAAGGGUCAGCUUAAAUUACUAGAGAUUGCGCAAGUUCCCGCAGAGCAUAUCAACGAUUUUAAAUCGAUAAAAAGAUUUAAAAUUUUUAAUACCAAUAAUUUAUGGAUAUCUAUAGAAGCCAUCAAACGCGUAGUAGAAUCUGGUGUCCUGAAGGAUAUUGACGUUAUUUCUAACGUCAAGGAGAUUAAUGGUAAAAAUUUUAUCCAACUCGAGACAGCAGCUGGAGCAGCUAUUCAUUUUUUUAAAAAUGCCCAUGGAAUUAAUGUUCCUCGCGAUCGUUUUUUGCCAGUGAAAAGUACUUCGGAUCUAUUGGUUGUUCAGUCUGACCUCUACAAUUUGAGUCAUGGGACUUUAACGAUGAACCCCCUUCGACAGUUCGGUGGUGUGCCUAUUGUGAAAUUAGGUGCAGAAUUUAAAAGCGUCAGCUCUUAUAAUCAACGAUUUGCGGGUAUCCCCAAUAUGCUUGAAUUAGAUCAGUUGACAGUUGCUGGUGAUGUAGUAUUUGGAACAAAUAUAAUUCUUAAAGGAAUUGUUAUCAUAGUUGCAAAUCAUGGUGCUAGAAUUGAUUUGCCAAGUGGAUCUUUACUGGAAAACAAGGUUGUGACAGGAGAGUUGCACAUUUUAGACCAUUGAAAAGAACAGUUAUUUUAAUAAAGCUGUUUUUUCUAUUUGGCGUUU